UCGCGCAAAAAUAAAACAAGAACAACUGUCUUUGUCUGUUACUACUCUAUUAUUUCCCGGGAAAAAGAGGGAAAAUAAAAAUAAAAAUAACAGUCCGAUCUGAUGCCAAAAAGACGAUCUCACGCAUCUCAACUCUAUACCCACAAACACCUCACCCUAAUCCCACUCAUCUUCUUCAAUCUAACCUUUCUCCCUCUAGGGUUUGUUUCUCUCUCCACAGUACCUUCAAUGGAAGAUUCCAAGAUUGCAACACCAUCUUCUUCUUCUUCUUCUUCUCAGCUGAAUGUUCCUAAGACAAUGCCACGUCCUUUAUUAAAUCUUGAAACCUUAACAUCAUCAGAUCAUGUGACCCGUAUGAUCAAUUCGCAUCACUAUAUUUCACCUUCAAGAAUGAUUUAUUCUGACAGGUUCAUUCCUAGUAGAUCGAGUUCCAAUUUUGCCCUCUUUAACAUCUCUUUUUCUUCUUCUUCUUCUUCUUCUUCUUCUCCUUCUCCUCCUCCACCGUCGUCUGCAGCGGGCAAUUCUCCAGCGGCGGCAGACUGUGGUGGUGGUGGAAAGGAGGAUAGUUCCAGUGCUUAUGCUGCUCUUCUUAGAAUUGCUCUUUUUGGGCCUAAUACGCCAGAUAAAAGAAACUCGCCAUCGCCUGGACGGAAUAUUUUUCGGUUUAAAUCAGAGACUAGACAGUCAAUGCAUUCACUUUCGCCUUUUGGGUUUGAUGAAGAAAGACCCGGUGUUAGUCAUAGCCCUGUUAAGACUCCAAGAAAGGUCCCAAGAUCACCUUAUAAGGUAUUGGAUGCACCUGCAUUGCAAGAUGAUUUUUAUUUGAAUUUGGUGGAUUGGUCUUCUCACAAUGUACUAGCAGUGGGUUUGGGGAAUUGUGUUUAUUUAUGGAAUGCUUGUAGUAGCAAGGUGACAAAAUUGUGUGAUUUGGGGAUUGAUGAUAGUGUAUGUUCAGUUGGUUGGGCACAGCGCGGGACACAUCUAGCUGUUGGAACUAGCAAUGGCAAAGUCCAGAUUUGGGAUGCCUCUCGCUGUAAAAGAGUAAGAACCAUGGAGGGCCAUCGGUUACGUAUUGGGGCCCUGGCUUGGAGUUCAUCUCUGUUGUCUUCUGGUAGCCGGGAUAAGAGUAUUCUUCAACGAGAUAUACGAGCUCAGGAAGACUUUGUUAGCAAACUCUCCGGUCACAAGUCAGAGGUUUGUGGGUUGAAGUGGUCUUAUGAUAAUCGUGAGCUGGCAUCUGGCGGGAAUGAUAAUAGACUCUUUGUUUGGAAUCAACAUUCAACUGAACCUGUUUAUCAUUCUAUGCAGCUCUUUGUUUGGAAUCAACAUUCAACUCAACCUGUACUAAAAUAUUGUGAGCAUACAGCGGCAGUAAAAGCAAUUGCUUGGUCACCCCAUCUUCAUGGACUUCUAGCAUCUGGUGGCGGUACUGCUGACCGGUGUAUAAGGUUUUGGAAUACAACUACUAACUCACAUCUAAGCUGUAUGGACACUGGAAGUCAGGUAUGCAAUCUUGUGUGGUCUAAGAAUGUAAAUGAACUUGUCAGCACUCAUGGAUAUUCUCAAAACCAAAUAAUAGUAUGGAGAUAUCCUACGAUGUCUAAGUUGGCAACUCUGACAGGGCAUACAUACAGAGUUCUUUAUCUUGCAAUAUCUCCAGAUGGACAGACCAUUGUCACGGGAGCAGGAGAUGAAACUUUACGGUUUUGGAAUGUCUUUCCUUCCCCUAAAUCUCAGAACACCGACAGCGAGAUUGGAGCAUCUUCUCUGGGAAGAACUACAAUCCGGUAAUCAUUAGAGGAUUUUCCAUCUAGAGUAUCCUGGCCCUUUCAGCAUGGGAAGAAAAGAUGAUAAUGUCCAGAUUUUGGACAUAAUUAUGGAAAAUGAAGCUUAUCAGAUUGGUUUUCAAAAAGUAACCGGCGAUCAGCUGGGAAAAUAGCAGGAAUCUGAAAGAUUAAUCAAGUGCGAGUGCAUGUGAUGGAACUUCCAAUAGUCGAUGCCAAAAUUUAUUUUGUUUGCAUCCCUUUUUUUAUUUAUAAAAAAUGUAUAGUGGUGGGAGGUGUUUCAUUUAUAUUAUUAAAUGCUCCUUGCAUUGUAUAUCUGCAGAGGACGUUAAAAAAAAGAGAUGUAUUGCACAAUUUUGGUAUACCACACAAAACUUCUGUAAAUAAAUUAUUGUUUCCACAUUGAUUAAUCCAGGAGUAAAAUUUUUUGUACCA